AUGGAGAACGGAGGUAUCUCUCAAGGUGAGGGGAAGGACCCUUCCAGCUUCCUCAGCGACAUCAUCGGCAACCCCGUCACGGUCAAGCUCAACUCCGGCGUGGUAUACAAGGGAGAACUCCAGUCUGUUGACGGAUACAUGAACAUUGCUCUCGAAAAGACUGUGGAGUACGUCAACGGCGUCAAGAGGAGAACCUAUGGCGAUGCUUUUGUGAGGGGGAACAAUGUCAUGUACAUUUCGGCAGACUCGUGA